UCGGGGGCGGGGCCGUUGAGGAGCUCAAUGCGCAUUGAAGUUGCUCCUAGUGCUCCCGGCUAGCAGCUGCCGCCACCUCCUCAGGUCUGCGGAAGUCAUGUUACCCAACACCGGGAAGCUAGCAGGAUGUACAGUUUUUAUCACAGGUGCAAGCCGUGGCAUCGGCAAAGCUAUUGCAUUGAAAGCAGCAAAGGAUGGAGCRAAUAUUGUCAUUGCUGCAAAGACUACCCAGUCACACCCCAAACUUUCAGGCACAAUCUAUACUGCUGCUGAAGAAAUUGAAGCAGCUGGAGGGAGAGCCUUGCCAUGUGUCGUUGACGUGAGAGAUGAACAGCAAAUCAACGACGCAGUGGAGAAAGCCGUUGAGAAAUUUGGAGGAAUUGACAUUUUGGUGAAUAAUGCCAGUGCUAUUAGCUUGACCAACACAUUGGAAACACCUACAAAGAGAGUGGACUUGAUGAUGAGCGUGAACACCAGAGGCACCUACCUCACAUCUAAAGCAUGUAUUCCCUUUUUGAAAAAGAGUAAAAUUGCUCAUAUCCUCAAUCUCAGUCCACCACUGAACCUAAAUCCAAUGUGGUUCAAACAGCACUGUGCUUAUACCAUUGCUAAAUAUGGUAUGUCUAUGUGUGUACUUGGAAUGGCAGAAGAAUUUAGAGGUGAAAUUGCAGUCAAUGCCUUAUGGCCUAGAACAGCCAUACACACAGCUGCCAUGGAUAUGCUGGGAGGAUCUGGUGUUGAAAGCCAAUGUAGAAAAGUUGAUAUCAUCGCAGAUGCUGCAUAUUCCAUUUUCAAAAAGCCAAAAAGUUUUACUGGAAAUUUUGUUAUUGAUGAAAAUAUCUUAAAAGAGGAAGGAAUAAAAAAUUUUGACAUCUAUGCAGUUAAACCAGGCCAGCCUUUAUUACCAGAUUUCUUCUUAGAUGAACACCCAGAGGUUGCAGUUAUCAAGCAGAUGGAAUCACCUGGUGCUGUUCCUGAAGUCAAAGAAGAGAAGCCACAGCCACAGUCAAAAGCACAUUUUGGAGCUGUGGAAGAAACAUUUAGAAUUGUUAAGGACUCUCUCAGUGAUGAUGUGGUUAAAGCCACACAAGCAAUCUAUCAGUUUGAACUCUCAGGUGAAGAUGGUGGCACAUGGUUUCUGGAUUUGAAAAACAGGGGUGGGAAUGUUGGACACGGAGAGCCCUCUGAUAAGGCGGAUGUGGUGAUGAGUAUGUCCACUGAUGAUUUUGUCAAAAUGUUUUCAGGAAAACUAAAACCAACAGUGGCAUUCAUGUCAGGAAAAUUGAAGAUUAAAGGAAACAUGGCCCUAGCAAUCAAAUUGGAGAAACUAAUGAAUCAGAUGAAUUCCAGACUGUGAUGGCAAAGAACAAAAAUGUUGACUGCUACGCAUAAAAAGUAAAAAAAAAAAAAAAAAAAAAAAGAAAAAAACCAAAAAAAAAAAAAAACCUCAACAAUUAAAAAUCUAAUGUUGUUGUCUUCCCUAUUGUAUGUUAAAAAUGUGCAUGUCUAUUCUGGAAAAAAAUAGAUUAAAUAAGACUCAAAAUCGAAUUGAAAGCGCCAGCCUAAUGGGUGCAAUGGCUCAUGCCUAUAAUCCCAGUGACUUGGGAGGCUGAAGCAGGAGGACCAUAAGUUUGAGGCUAGCCUGGGCAAUUUAGCAAGAGGCUAUCCCAAAAUAAAAAAGGGUUGCAGAUAUAGCUCAGUGGUAGAACAUUACCUGGGUGCAAUUGCCAGUGCUGAAAAAAACAAAAGUACGAAAAUGGUAUAGCUACUUAAAAAUCAAAACAAAACAAAACCAGGUAGCCAAUCAAAUAUAGACUUCACUAAGUAGAUUUCCAAGACAUUCUGUUUUCUAUAUUUUGAGGGGUUUUCCUCUGAGCCUUAUGUCUCUUUCAUUGU